UGGUGGAUGACGUAGCUCUCACGUGACCAAGAGCUGACGUGUGCAGAAGUCCUUCUUGUUCUGGUCGUUGUUCCCGUCUGAGUACCAGCUCCCCAUUGCCCUGAGGGCGGGCGGGCCUGCAGCGGAGGGAAAAAGGAAGAGGAGUAGGAAGUUGUCUCGGAUCCCUGCAGGUCAGUGCCUGGGAGAUUCCAUAAAGUCGGGGUGCUUGAGGGCGUAGGGCCGAGACCGUCGCGGGUACUGAGGCGCCUCCGUCGUCUCUCCCACUCGCCGCCCGCUUUCCAAGACAUAUUUCCCGCCUGCAGCCCAUUUCGAUGCUGCGAAACGUGGGUCCAAGCCUCUCCCGGGUGGCCAGUCUUUCUGUAGGUUGCGGCACAACGCCAGGCAAGAGAAGAGGAAAGAAAUUAAUCCCAAUCGGUGAAGGUCGUUUUGAGGGUCUGCUGUAGCAGGUGGCUUCGCUUGAAGCGAGGGAGGAAGUUUCCUCUGAUCAAUAGAGAUUGGAAAGGUUGUUGGGCGUGGCACACCACCAGGGGAAAGAAGAAGGGGCGAACUGCUUGUCUUGAAGAGGUCAACCUCCAGAAUCGGCUGUUGUGGCCUUGAAGUGGCUGAAGACGAUUACCCUCCACAGGCUUGCACCCAGUCCCACAGCCUUCCUCCCCUAGCCUGAGUGACUACUCUAGUCCUUGGUCCCUGCUAUUGUCAGGGACGAUUGCAUGGGCUACGCCAGGAAAGUAGGCUGGGUGACUGCAGGCCUGGUGAUUGGGGCUGGCGCCUGCUAUUGCAUUUAUAGACUGACUAGGGGAAGAAAACAGAACAAGGAAAAAAUGGCUGAGGGUGGGUCUGGGGAUGUGGAUGAUGCUGGGGACUGUUCUGGGGCCAGGUAUAAUGACUGGUCUGAUGAUGAUGAUGACAGCAAUGAGAGCAAGAGUAUAGUAUGGUACCCACCUUGGGCCCGGAUUGGGACUGAAGCUGGAACCAGAGCUAGGGCCAGGGCAAGGGCCAGGGCUACCCGGGCGUGUCGGGCUGUACAGAAAUGGGCUUCCCCUAAUUCAGAUGAUACCGUUUUGUCCCCUCAAGAGCUACAAAAGGUUCUUUGCUUGGUUGAGAUGUCUGAAAAGCCUUGUAUUCUUGAAGCAGCUUUAAUUGCUCUGGGUAACAAUGCUGCUUUUACAUUUAACAGAGAUAUUAUUUGUGACCUGGGUGGUCUCCCAAUUGUUGCAAAGCUUCUCAAUACUCGAGAUCCCAUAGUUAAAGAAAAGGCUUUGAUUGUCCUUAAUAACUUGAGUGUGAAUGCUGAAAAUCAGCGCAGGCUUAAGGUAUACAUGAAUCAAGUGUGUGACGACACAAUCACUUCUCGCUUGAACUCAUCUGUGCAGCUGGCUGGACUAAGAUUGCUUACAAAUAUGACUGUUACUAACGAGUAUCAGCACAUGCUUGCUAAUUCCAUUUCUGACUUUUUUCGUUUAUUUUCAGCGGGAAAUGAAGAAACCAAACUUCAGGUUCUGAAACUCCUUUUGAAUUUGGUUGAAACUCCAGCUAUGACUAGGGAACUGCUCAGGGCCCAAGUACCAUCUUCACUGGGCUCUCUCUUUAAUAAGAAGGAGGACAAAGAAGUUAUUCUUAAACUUCUGGUCAUAUUUGAGAACAUAAAUGAUAAUUUCAAAUGGGAAGAAAAUGAACCUACUCAGAAUCAAUUUGGUGAAGGUUCACUUUUUUUCUUUUUAAAAGAAUUUCAAGUGUGUGCUGAUAAGGUUCUGGGAAUAGAAAGCCAUCAUGAUUUUUUGGUGAAAGUAAAAGUUGGAAAAUUCAUGGCCAAACUGGCUGAACAUAUGUUCCCAAAGAGCCAGGAAUAACUCCUUUAUUUUGUAGUUUAGAAGCAACACACAUUGUAAACUAUUCCUUUUCUCCACCUUGUUUAUAUGGUAAAGGAAUCCUUUAAGCUGCCAGUUUUGAAUAAUGAAUAUCAUAUUGUAUCAUCAAUGCUGAUAUUUAACCGAGUUUGUCUUUAGGUUUAAGAUGGAUGAAUGAAUAUCUCUACUUGUUCUGAAAACAUGUUUUGCUUUUUAUCUCACUGCCUAGAUUGAAAUAUUUUGCUAUUUCUUCUGCAUAAGUGACAGUGAACCAAUUCAUCAUAAGUAAGCUCCCUUCUGUCAUUUUCAUUGAUUUAAUUUGUAUAUCAUAAAUAAAGUUGUAUGUUAAUGAUGGAAAG